UCAAGAUUUCAGGUGGUUGUGUAAUGAAAGAUCAAUAGAAAUGGAAGAAAUACAGUCUCAAUUGGAUAAUUACAGAUCUUCAUCAUCUGCAGCUAGCAGUCCCGCUAGUAGAUUACCCUCGAGUAACUAUUACUACUUAAGAAAGCCAGGUUCUUUAAGAAAACCGAUUUCGUUUGAGGAUUCGCCUGAUUGGGAUGAUACGGAUGUUGAGGUUAAAGUGGAGGACAGUAAGGACAACAAUAUCGCUGUCACUACGACCGUCUCUCAUAGUGGUUCCCUGUCGCCCCCGGAAACACCCAAGGUGGAAUUGGCAACAAGAAAUAUCUCAGGGGUUUCAAUUGCAUGGAAGGACUUGACGGUCACUAUAAAGGGUAAACGAAAGUAUUCUGAUAGGGUCAUAAAAACCUCAAAUGGUUAUGCUUUACCUGGAACGAUAACAGUGAUCAUGGGCCCCGGGAAAUCAGGAAAAUCUACCCUUUUGAGGGCCCUAGCAGGAAGAUUGGAUGAUUCAGGGAAAAUGCAUGGUGAGGUGUUUGUGAACGGUACAAAGUCAUCCUUGCACUAUGGAUCCUAUGGAUUUAUUGGGAGGAAAAGCACACUUAUAGGCUCGCUAACUGUGCGAGAAUAUCUAUAUUACUCGGCACUACUUCAACUUCCUGGCUUCUUAUGUGAUAAAAAGAGUGUGGUUGAGGAUGUCUUAAUUGCAAUGUCAUUAGGUGACUGGGCAAACAAGCUCAUAGGCGGCCAUUGUUGUAAAAACGGUCUUUCUAGUGGUGAAAAAAGACGUGUCAGCAUAGCUAGGGAGCUUGUGAUGAGGCCACAUCUCUUGUUUAUAGACGAGCCUCUAUAUCACCUAGACAGCGUUUCUGCAUUACUGAUGAUGGUGACCCUGAAGAAGCUAGCGAGCACGGGCUGCACCAUUAUUUUCACUAUUUACCAAAGUAGCACAGAAGUCUUUGGCCUCUUUGACCGUAUAUGUCUACUUUCAAAUGGAAAAACACUGUUUUUUGGAGAGACAUUGGCUUGCUUGCAGCACUUCUCAAAUGCCGGAUUUCCUUGUCCAAUUAUGCAAAGUCCUUCUGAUCACUUUCUUCGUGCCAUAAACACAGAUUUUGACCGGAUUAUUUCAGUAUGCAAAAACUGGCAGGAUGACCAUGGUGAUCUUUCAUCGGUUAAUAUGGACACUGGUGCCGCAAUCCGUACUCUUGAAGAAACGUAUAGAUUGUCUGCUGAUGCUGCAGCAGUUAAGACAUUGAUACUAAGGCUAACUGAACAGGAAGGCCCAUCUCUCAAGAGCAUGGGAAAAGCAAGUAGUGCAACAAAAAUUGUAGUGUUGACUUGGAGAUCCAUAUUGAUCAUGUCUAGGGAGUGGAAAUAUUACUGGCUUCGGUUGGUUCUGUAUAUGCUGCUUGCGCUAUUUAUUGGCACUCUAUUUUCAGGGUUAAGCCAUUCACUAACGUCUGUCAAGGAAAGAGUUGCUGCAAUCUUUAUGUUCAUAUCUUUCACUUCACUUUUAAGCAUUGUAGGGGUACCUGAACAGCUAAACGAGUUCAAGGUUUAUGCUUGUGAAGAUUCAAAUAGACAUUCAGGAAAAUUUGUAUUUUUAGUAGGGCAGUUCUUUGCGAGCAUUCCAUUCUUGUUUCUCAACUCCAUUUCAUCAAGUCUACUCUUCUGCUUCCUUAUUGGGCUUCGAAACGAGUUCUCUUUUUUGAUAUACUUUGUGCUCAACUUUUUCAUGUGCCUUUUGAUUAAUGAAGGGCUAGUGUUGGUUGUUGCCAGCAUUUUCCAAGAUAUGUUUUGGAGCAUUUCAAUGUUGGUGCUUAUGCAUGUAAUGAUGAUGCUUUCAGCUGGCUAUUUUCAAAUUCGUAGUGCUUUGCCUGGACCAGUAUGGAUGUAUCCUGUAUCCUACAUUGCUUUCCAUACGUUCUCACUUCAGGGGAUCUUGGAGAGCGAAUACAAUGGAGUGUCAUUUGAAGUGGGGCAGCUCAGGACCAUAUCAGGGUAUCAAGCUCUUCAAAAUGUAUACGAUGUUUCUCCAGACAAAAACUCAAAGUGGAAAAAUCUACUAAUACUCGCAGUUAUGGCUCUUGGCUAUCGAGUUCUUGUGUUCCUAUUGCUACAAAUUCGUGUCAAGAAGAACCGUUCUUUAGUUAGCAGACUUAUGUGUUGUAUACCCUAGUGAUAAAAGAUAACCUAACAUCUGUUUUCUCGCCGAUUUGAGCUUUUAGUAAAAAGGGCAUCGUUUCACGUGUA